ACAAGUCAUCCACUCAACAUCAGUUCUUCAAUAGUCUUGUUUGGCGUCUCUGCUUUUUGUUAUCAUAAAGCAACUAGUUUUGUAAACCAAGUGAUGAUUAAUUCGAUUUGGAUGAUGAGCUGCAAUUAAGUGUAACCAUGAUCACAAUUAUUUGGAUUGUGUGUCUCCUGUUGUUUGAAACUGGUGAUGCAAAGUGCAGCCCAUCUGCGUGCGGCAUUAUCCCCAACAUCAGCUCCCCUUUCCGCCUCAAGGGCGAUCCCAAGCACUGCGGCGAUCGCAGAUAUGAAUUAGCCUGCGAAGACAACGUCACCUUCUUCUAUCAAAACUCUCACAAAUACUAUGUGAAAAAGAUCAACUACUAUGAAGGAGAGAUCAACCGUAUCAGGGUGGUCGAUGCUUCCAUAAACAACGGCAGCAUCUGCUCUUUCCCCACUUAUACUUUCAUUAUCGAUCCAUACUUAUAUGACACCUGGGCAACACCCAGGCGCCGGCCUAUAUAUUUCAUGAGCUGCCCAAAUCCGUUGAGCAAUAAUUCUUCCCUCUUUACAGUUGUUACAGAUUGUGCUUCUACUUCUAAUUCAUCCCUUCCUACUCCUACAUACAAUUAUAUCAACGUCGGCCUCAUGGCACCCUCAGAGAUACCACACAGCUGCAGUGUAGAUGUGGUAGCGUUCACGUCGUGGAUGGAAUUUAGGGAAUAUUACAGCCUUUCAGAAAUCCACCAGUCUCUUUUAUAUGGAUUUGAGCUCCGCACAUGUGAUUCGUGGCGGAUUGGGUGUAGAAGAACAACCUCAAACUGGGGUGACAAAUUCAAAAAUCUCUUAUUAGGAAAUAAAGCUGGGCUUCUUCUCCUGAUUCCGCUGGCCAUUCUAGUUUUUUUAAUUGCAGGGGUGAGCAUCCCUGUGGCGAUCAUCAUCGGAAUUACCGGUGUAUUACUACUCUCAUUUACUUCCUUACAGGAGAACUGGCCCCAGACAUUCGCUUACUAUUUAUUCCCUGAUGGAGUUGGUCGUGGAGUUGGAUUGGGAUCUAAUUUCUUAAUGAUUGCGCUUUUCGUGAUUUCUCUCGCCAUUGUAGUUUGUUUAACUGCAGCAGUAAACAUCCUUGUGGGAAUUACUGUGGGACUCGCCGGUGCUUUGGUACUCUCAUUUAUUUUGAUGGAAAACUUGUCCUACUCAUUGAGAAUGGGUCAUUUCCUACCUAACUUCACAUUCACUGGCGUCAUCUCAUCAAGCAUGGUUAUUUGUGCACCAAGGAUCAUCAUUUGUCCUUUGGCAGUGUGGUUUUUGAUUUACAAAUUCCGAAGAAGGCGUUUUUCCGCAUUUGACGCAAUAGAAUGUUACCUACAAAGCGACAACAACCUUGCGCCGAUUAGGUACUCCUAUUCAGAUCUAAAAAAGAUAACUAAAGGUUUUCAAGAUAAACUUGGUGAAGGUGGCUAUGGUUCUGUUUACAAAGGAAAGCUUCGAAGCGGGCAUCAUGUAGCAGUUAAACUGCUCGGAAAAUCCGGAGGAACUGGGCAAGACUUUAUGAAUGAAAUAGCAACUAUUGGAAGGAUACACCAUGUCAAUGUGGUGAAACUAGUUGGAUAUUGUGCACAUGGCUCCAAACGUGCCCUCAUCUUUGAUUUCAUGCCCAAUGGUUCCCUCGAGAAGUACCUGUUCAAUCGAGAUAAGAUGACUUCCUUAAAUUGGGACAGAAAGUUUGAGAUUGCAGUUGGUGUUGCUCGUGGGAUUGAGUACAUGCAUCGAGGGUGUGAUGUUCAAAUCCUCCAUUUUGACAUCAAACCUCAUAAUAUACUUCUUGAUGACAACUUUGUUCCCAAAGUAUCUGAUUUUGGGUUGGCAAAAUUUUUCUCCACAGACAAGGAUUCAGUGACCAUGACUGCUGCUAGAGGAACUAUCGGCUAUGUCGCUCCUGAACUCAUCAACAGAAGUAUUGGGGCAGUUUCUUACAAGGCUGAUGUUUAUAGUUUUGGAAUGUUGUUGAUGGAAAUGGUUAGUUUAAAGAGAGAUUUGAUGGGAAACAAUUGUGAUUCCGACCAAUACUUUCCAUAUUGGAUUUAUGACCACAUCAACCAAGGCAAAGAUAUUGUAAUUGGAAACGCUGAUAGUGAUCAAGAUGAUAAUAUGAGGAAAGUUGCUCGAAAAAUGAUAAUAGUUGCGUUGUGGUGCAUACAAAUGAGGCCAGAUGAUCGUCCAUCAAUGAAUAAAGUGUUGGAAAUGUUGGAAGCUGAUGUUGAGCGUCUACGAGUUCCAGACUAUCCAUCUGAGUCAGCAGAAAGUGUAGUUAACGUGGAUCAAAGUUGGAUCACAUGUUCCACUGAUUCAGUGGGCUUGCUACAUGGUGAAGAUGAUGUAGCCUCUUCUUUGGAGAUCACUGUUCAGUAGUGACAAUUUGUGCAACAAUAAUAGUUGUGGGCUUAAUCUAUAUAUAUACUAAUAGAAAAUGUGUCUUGGGCACAAAAUAUAUUGUAUAUUUUAUUUUAAGGAUAAUUGUGUAAAUUAUAUGUUAUAUAUUUAAAUGAAUAUAUUAAUUCAUUAGAUAUAAAAA